AUGUUGCCGGCGUUUGGCCGUGCCUCGCCCUGGCUAGGGGCCGUGCUGGUCCUCUUGGUCCAAGGUUUUGCCGCACAAAGUACAUUUUACACUUUUUCAUUUGUAUUUAAGGCAAUUAGCUACUUCAAGAACAUCUAGGUUAUUGUACCUUUAGGGGAAUUCGAUAUGAACUUAUCACUUUUCAUAUAAUCAGCUAAUUAUUACAGUUUAAUAGGCCAAAAUUUCAAAAUAUUUUACAAUUAGCUUCUAAAUAAUACCUAGGUUAACACUUAUCAAGUUUUUGUUACUUUGCCUUACGACUUGUGCUUUCAGGAUCAAACCCAUGCAAUGAUUACUCACUACACGACUGUGAUCCCUUAGCUGAAUGUUACAGCGAACAGCCCGGCUUCUUCCAAUGCCGGUGCCCUAAGGGAUUCAUGGAUUUAUCACCGGAUAAGAAACAUCCAGGAAGGAGAUGUGCAAGAGGUAAGACUUGCGUUCGUUUAUUGUACCCAAUUACGGUAGUCGGGGGUUUUAUUGGGCAGUAAAACACUUUUUGUAAAUAUUUAUUUGCAAACGCUUACUCAUUCAGCUUUACAAGUAAAAAAGUAAGCUGGGAUAACAAAAGCCUUGAGCUCGCUAAAACAAUUUGGCAGACACUUUUCGUAUUACACCAUACCCUUUUAACAACACUAGUAUACGUAAAAAGACUUUGCAAGAACAGUUACACCAUGUUUGUGGCGUUCAAUUAGCCUGACUCACAUUAAUCGCUAGCCUCUGACGGAUUACCUCAUUGUGGGAUGCUCGUUCGGCCUUGUCUUUGCUUAAUAGUACAAGCAGCAUGACACAACACUUCAAGGUUAAAUUGUCUUAACCGACCGAAUUUCCGCGACUUCAAGGCCGGCUUUAAUGUGGAGCGCCAGCCGCAUAAAAGUUUUGUGCCAGCCACGAGAUAUGAUUUAUCACCAAGAAACAUCGCCUGCUUAACACCGGAAAUAAUUUAAUUUACAGAACUAGGUUUACAGAGCAGUAUUGUGCGUUGUGUAGAGUAAAAGUGCACUUUACAGACAUCAAUAACUAACAUCACAAAAACAAUGGCAUACCUGUUAAAGCUCAAUAUUUAACUUUCAGAAAGCAACGAAUGUGCCUUAGGGACUCACGAAUGUGAUCCUAACGCUGAAUGCCUCAAGACCAAAACCGGCUACACUUGUCGAUGUAACGCUGGUUUCAGCGACAGUUCGGUUGAUAAGUUGCACUACCCUGGAAGAAGCUGUAAACAAGCCCAGAGCUGCCUCAACUCCGAUUGUGCUCCAGAAGCCGAAUGUCACCCGUCUGCUUCUGGCUUCACCUGCCAGUGUGGCUCCGGCUUCGUGGACGUAUCACGCCAACACGGCCGUCCAGCUGGUCGAGUAUGCAAAUCAGUGGUCAACGAGUGUCUAGAGAACAAACACGAUUGUUCUAUGAAUGCAUCGUGCAUCAACACAGCUGAUUCCUUCACUUGUCGCUGCAAAGACGGCUUCAGGGAUGACAGCCAGAAUCAGCUUGACCGACCGGGAAGAAUCUGCACCAAAAGUGAGUACUACAAUAUCAAAACACUAAAUUUUAUUAUACACCAUGCACUAUCGUCAAUUACUUUAUAAGCAUUUCAAAGUAAUCUAAAUAUUUUUCAGCUGAACUGCCACCAAUCCCCGAGUGUAAUGUCAACGACCCCAUGAGUUGUGACAAAACCAAGUUGGAGGUUUGCUUGUUCAGAUCUGGAAAUUACAUUUGUGACUGUCCCUCUGGCUACGGUAGAUUGCCAGAUGGAAGAUGCUUGGUCAUCAACGAAUGUCAAGACAACCGACUCAACAACUGCUCUCCAGAUGCCGAUUGUAUCGAUCAGGUAACACUUAGAACAACUUUAAUCAUGACAUUUUAAGGGCUGAUGAUAUUACUUAUAGUUUCAAUCAGUGUUUUGUAGAAUUUCUUUUAAAAUGUAUUGUUGUAGGCUGAAGGCUUCACUUGUCAAUGUAAAACUGGCUUCGCAGAUAUCUCUCCAGAUGGCCAAGUCGGCCGAAUCUGCAAGAAGCGAGUCAACGAAUGUAACUCUCCUCGUGAAUACAACGUAGACUGUGAUUCCAACGCCGUGUGUGUAGACACUGACGAUGGAUUCUCGUGCAGAUGUCGCCCUGGAUUCGCUGACAUUUCGGAAUUGUUCAACAGACUUCCGGGCCGAAAGUGUGUAGAAGCCGUGAACGAAUGUCUCGACGACAAACUCAACGAUUGCUCUGAACACGCUCUCUGUGAAGAUACGAAGGAAGCAUACCUUUGUUCCUGCAAAUCUGGCUUCAUCGACGCCUCGAGUAACAUUACCCAUUACCCAGGUCGAGUGUGUGUGAAGCCCAACGAUAACACGUUGGAGUUGCAUGAAGGCUUCUCCCACGACUCGUGUGACAUCAACUUCCCUAAAUGUGGCCAGAACGAGCAAUGUACCGACCAGAAGAUCAAAGGAGAAACCGUGUGUGACUGUGCUCCAGGAUACUUCCGCUACCAAGAUGGAUCCUGCCGUCUGAUUUCUGCUUGUGAAUCCUUGAAUACUUGUGACAAGAAUGCCAUUUGUGUGAAUGUCUUGGACAGUUAUGACUGUCAAUGUCGUCCAGGAUACUUUGACGUAUCAUUUGAUUCUGAGACAGAGCCAGGAAGAAAGUGUAAAGAGUGUAAGUCGUUUAGUUUAUGUUUCUUAACUAUAUAUAUUGUCAUACUUUCACGUUUAGCUUUUUAAUUUUAAGAUACUGUUACUUUUAGUGGUGAACGAAUGUGCUACCAACCUGCACGAUUGUUCUCCGUUCGCCGACUGCUUGGACGCUACGAAUGGCUACGCCUGCCAAUGUACCGACGGUUUCGUGGAUACGUCAUCGCAAUUCGGUCUUUUACCAGGACGAAAGUGUAGUAAUGGUAUGUUUGAGCGGGGAACUCAAGUGUUUUUUACUGUCACGUCGUCGUUUUAUGCUAAACGACGGAAAUCCGGCUUUUUGUUGUGAAGGGAAAGUAAAAAGUUUGUUUUCACAAUAAAACCGUCGUAUCAUCUUGCGUCGUAUUAGGUUCAUUUACGACGUUAACCUUGAAAAGGUAUAUAAACCAUGUCAGUACAAAAAAAUUUGCGAAACCCAGAAAAACACCAUUAUUCUACAGUCAGUAAUAUAGUAUACAACUUUACAUGCCAUAGUAUUAUAAUACAUUACUCUUCAGCUUCCAACGAAUGUAUCGACAAGUCGUUGAACACUUGUGACGAGAACGCUGACUGUAUUGACACUCCCGAGAGUUACACUUGUCAGUGUAUUCCCGGCUACAUCGACGUAUCUUCCUCAGCUCGACUUCCACCUGGAAGAGUCUGUACCGUGCAAACCACCUGUCCCAAACAGAAGACAGAUCUAGUGUUCUUAGUAGAUGGCUCCGGCUCCAUCGGAUCGUAUGUCUUCAAACAUGAAGUUCUCCGUUUUGUCCGAGAAUUCGUGGAGUUAUUCGAAAUCGGCCUCGACAAGACCAGAGUCGGCUUCAUUCAGUACUCCGACCAAAUCAGACAUGAAUUCGACCUGAAUCAGUACACCAACAAGGACGACCUCCUCAAAGCCAUUACCUCCACCCAAUACUUGACUGGACUGACUCGAACUGGAGCUGCCAUUCAGCAUAUGGUGGUAGAAGGCUUUUCUGAACGUCGUGGAGCCAGACCCAUCUCAAAGGCCGUUAGCAGAGUAGCGAUCGUGAUCACAGACGGCAGAAGUCAAGACAACGUGACCCGACCAGCUCUCGACGCUCGUAAUGUCAAUGUUAACAUGUUCGCCAUUGGGGUAACUGACCACGUUCUAGCUUCUGAACUGGAAUCCAUCGCUGGAGCCCCCAACAGAUGGUUCUACGUAGACAGAUUCAAGGAUCUCGACACUCGGCUUCGCUCUCUGAUUCAGAAGGCCGCUUGUCCGACUCCAGAACCCGAGCAGAAGGCUACAGGGAAGUGUAGUGCCUUGACUCAAGUCGGUUGUAACCGUGCUUUGAACGAGAUCUGUGUAGAAGACAAGGACGGAAGCAAGUGCAAGUGUGAGAACGGCUUCCAACGUCAUCCCUUCACUCACGUUUGUGGCGGAGAUCUCUGUAACCCUCAGGUCCCUACUUCGUGUCCUAACCAAGAACUCUGCGAGAAGACUUACUACGGUAACCACAGAUGUGUAUGUCCACCAAACUUUGCUCGUGAUGUCAGAUCUGGUGUUUGUCGUAAGUUUCUGUUAAUAUUAAGUAACUUCUCAAUCUUAUAUCAUCAUUUUAAGUAUUUGAUCUAUUUUUGUUUCAGUUUCGACCAAAGAAAAACCCCAGAAGCCACUCGAAAUCCUGCCUUCAACCGACUGUCAGUCGAAUGGCUGUUUCGGGGAGAACGAGGAAUGCCGUAAGAGCUUCGGCGGCCAAUAUGAGUGUGAAUGUGGCUUAGGCUUUGAGAGAGAUCCCCAUUCAGACAAGUGCGUGGUACCUGGAUCUUGUGACCCAAUGAGUCCGAUCCCAUGUGAUGUACGGAAGAACGAGAAGUGUCUUCUCCACUCUUCCGGUCGAUACCACACUUGUCAAUGUUCAUCUACCGACAAGAGACAUCCUGUCACUGAUAUCUGUCUCAGGAACGAGUGUUUGAUCGGUGAGCACGAUUGUGAUCUGAAUGCCAGAUGUAUCGACACUGACGAUUCGUACCUUUGUUCUUGUCCUUCCGGCUUCAUGGAUAAGUCCAUCGACCCUGUUAGACGCCCAGGACGGCAUUGUGUAGCCGAAAGAAACGAGUGCCUCGAAGGUACCCACAACUGUUCUCCAGACGCCAUCUGCACUGAUACUUCAGAAUCCUUCGUCUGUAGAUGCAAACCCGGCUUCAUCGACUACUCGCCCAAUCCUCACAUUGCCCCAGGCCUUGUUUGUCGCAAGUUGAUCAACGAAUGUUCUCGACCUGAACUUAACACUUGUCAUCCGAAUGCACAAUGUAUCGACACUGCUGAUUCCUACAAGUGCAGAUGCAAGGCUGGCUUCGUCGACUUGGACGAGCUUCGGAAUCCAGGCAGAAACUGUGAACGAGUCCAUCACAAUGAGGUGUGCUCUUCUGGACGACACACCUGCGAUAAGAAUGCCAGAUGUUUUGCUCAAGGAGACGACGACUUUACUUGUUCGUGUCCAGCCGGCUUCAAAGACAAGUCUCCAGAUCCAGUCAGACAGCCAGGAAGAGUUUGCAUUCCGCGUAAGUUUUCAUUCUCACCUAUCCAUUUACCUUUUUAUACCUAAUGUAGUUUUAUAGACAAAAAACAACAGUGGAAGAGAUAUUAUUGAUAUACCUAUUACAUCCUGUAAUUUCAAUUUUUUAAUUUUUAAAUGCUCCCUUAAUGCUGUUAUGUUACAGUAAUCCCCGAAUGUGACAACCCAUCAUUAAACGACUGUGACUCACCCGAUCGUGCCAUUUGUACGGACACUGACGAAGGAUACUUGUGUCGCUGUAGACAAGGUUUCCUGGACAUUUCUCCAAACAUCGGAUCUAAACCUGGAAGACUCUGCAAGAAACGUAAGUUUAGGCUUAAAACAGUACUAAAACAUAAAAAAUUAAUAAAUAAGCUUAAAUGUUACCUAAAAUUGUGAAAUAAAAUUAUCUUCACAAAAAACGUUCGAAAUUUUGGCGCUAGGACAAAUGCGGUUUUUGGACAUUUGCGGAUCUGCGGUUUUUAGACAAUUGCGGAUCUUCGGUUUUUGAACACUUGCGGAUUUUGGACAUUUGCGGAUUUUUUAAAGGUUUUUUUUUAUUUUUUAGUUAAUUUAGUUGUAUUAUGGUACUAAAUUGUACUAAAGUUUGAAUUGGUACGGUUUUAACAUAACAGUACCUUUUUGGGCUUUCAGUACUAUUUAGUACCAAAAAUAUAAAAACAGUACCGAUUAAAAAUUUAGUACUAUUUAACAUUAAGAAAUAUUAAGACAGUGCCAAUUUAAACUUUAGUACCAUUUAGUACCAUAAUAAUACAAACUGAAUUAACUAAAAAAUAAAAAAAACCCCUUUAAAAAAUCCGCAAAUGUCCAAAAUCCGCAAGUGUCCAAAAACCGAAGAUCCGCAAGUGUCUAAAAACCGCAGAUCCGCAAAUGUCCAAAAACCGCAUUUGUCCUAGCGCCGAAAUUUUGUUCAACCCGGUUUUUUGUUUUAUUCGUGAUAUUUCGUCAAUCUGUGACACUUCGUUAACUUUUUGUCUAUAAAAUGUGUCAUCACCACACAUAUUUUUAUUUCGGUAGUUUUGGGUAAAAUACUAUAAAUUCCAGUCGAAAACGAAUGUGUUAGUGGAAACCACGAUUGUUCCCGUAAUGGAGGUAUCUGUGAAGACACUCCUGAUGGAUAUAACUGUCGCUGUGGCAUCAACUAUCUCGAUGUGUCGCCGGACAGAAGAAAUCGACCAGGACGGAACUGUAAACGAUGUAAUUUCAUUAUAUUUUAAUUAUAAUAUAUUCAAUAGUAUGUUAAUAAUGUAUAGUAAGGUUUUUAUACCUAAAAGUGUUAAAUUUCCAUUAUUUUAAUUAUUAAAAUAUUAAUAUUUAACUUUAUUGGUGUUUAGUGGUCGAUGAAUGUUCUACUGGCCAAAAUGACUGUUCUCCUGAGGCUAUUUGCACCGAUACAGAAGAUUCGUACGUCUGUGCUUGUCCUGCCAACUUCAUCGAUGUAUCACCCGAUACUGUGAACAAACCUGGCCGAAGAUGUCUAAAGGGUCAGCUUUUUAUAUUUACUUUUUAUUUAACCAUUUAAAUUAUCUUUUAUUAAAUAAGCAAAACAUAAAUAACGUAGGUUCUGUUAACGUUCUAACAGGAUUUUGUUUUAGUUGUGAACGAAUGUACUGAAAACAAGCACGACUGCUCUCCGAACGCCAACUGCAUCGACACUCCAGAUGCCUUCCGUUGUGAAUGUAGAGAUGACUUUGUGGAUGAAAGCGUUGACCCCACGAGACCGGGUCGUAUCUGUAGACCAGCGUUGGUCGAUGAAUGUCGAUUGGGCAAACACGACUGUCACCAGGAUGCUGUAUGUCAAGAUCUUCCACAAGGCUACACUUGCCAGUGUAAACCCCACUUCUUGGACGAAUCUCCCCAUCGAAUCACUCAUCCAGGCAGACUUUGUGUCCCAAGACCUACACCCAAGCCAGCCGAGUGUAGAUUGGACUCAACAGAAUCUUGUAGACUCGAGCUGAACGAAGUCUGCCGUAUCAUCAACGGAGAACCGAAGUGUGACUGUCCUAUGAACUACCAGCGUGACAGUCAGAGCAAGUCGUGCACUGUGAUCGACGAAUGUCUGUAUCCUCAACUCAACGACUGUCACCCAUCAGCUGAGUGUGUUGACAGAAUGAAUGGCUAUGAUUGUAAAUGUCGCGUUGGCUUCAAAGAUCUGAAUCCAUCGAAGCCAGGAAGAUCGUGCAGACCAUUGGUGAAUGAAUGUCAGUUUCCUCAUCUGAAUGACUGUCAUGUCAACGCUCAAUGCACCGACAAAGAAGAAGGUUACGAGUGCAAGUGUAACGCUGGCUACAAGGACCGAUCGUUGCAACUACCGGGUCGUAGCUGUCAGUUGAUGAUCAAUGAAUGCGAGAAGCCAGGACUUAACUCUUGUGACAAGAACGCCAUCUGUACGGAUCUAGAAGACGGAUAUGAAUGUCAAUGUAGAAAUGGAUUCUACGAUGUGUCACCAUCGAUGACACUUCCGGGACGUGCUUGUCGCCAGCUCAUCAACGAAUGUGCCAGCGACAGAACCAACGAUUGUGAUCGUUCGGCUACAUGUACAGAUACCAAGGAUUCAUACACUUGCCAAUGCCCACCCAACUCUAAAGACAUCUCACCAAACCCAGCGUUCCCAGGACGAGUCUGUCUGGUGCUAGAGAACGAGUGUGCCACAGGAAAGCACGACUGUGAUCCGAACGCAGUCUGUCACGACAACGAGCAGUCCUUUACUUGUGAGUGUCCUGAUGGAUUUACCGAUCGUUCUCCAAACAAACUCAGUCGACCUGGUCGAUACUGUGUUCAGUUAGUUGAUGAAUGUGCUACAGGACGCCACACGUGCAGUCCUCAGGCAACGUGCCGUGAUUUGGAAGAAGGCUACACUUGUGAGUGUAAGGAUGGCUACGUUGACAGGUCUCCAAAUCUUCUGACUCAACCAGGCAGAGUUUGUGGUACUCCAGAAGUCUGCCCAUCAAACCACGAGUGCUCCAGUGCUGCCACUUGUGAACCUCUUGGAGGUAACGACUAUAAGUGUACCUGCAUUCAAGGAUACCUCGAUCAGUCACCCCAGAACACAGAAGGCAGAAUCUGCGUACGAAACAACGCGUGCCGUGAUCCUCGCUUUAACAACUGCUCCAGAAACGCCAUCUGCUACGAUGAACCCAAGGGCUACAGAUGUGAAUGUAUCCGUGGCUUUGUAGACAAAUCUCCAGCAGGAUCUCAGAAGGGCAGAGUCUGUGAACCCCCACCACCCCCUCCACCACCACCACGUCAUCCAUGUCAAGACCCAGCCCUCAACGACUGUCAUUCUACUGGAACAUGCCGGGCUACUGGCCCUACAUCUUACACUUGUCAGUGUCUGUCUGGCUACGAAGAUCGGUCUCCAGAUGUCAGAAACAAACCGGGCCGUGUCUGUGUAUUGACCGAGCCAGUUUGUCUGGAUUCCAACAAGAAUGACUGUCACCCAGCUGCCAUCUGUAGCGAACGACAAGGUGGAGAUGGCUACACUUGCAGAUGCCGUGACGGCUACGUUGAUCAAAGCCCAGACAAGGUUGGAAGACCAGGCAGAAUCUGUGUAGAACAAGUAAACGAAUGCCUGGACAGGAGUCUGAACGACUGUGACCCGUUGGCCGUUUGUGAAGAUCUUCCAGAAGGCUACACUUGCAGAUGUCCAUUGACGUCGAUCGACCAAUCACCUGACAGAAACCGACCAGGAAGGAAAUGCUUUGCUCAAGUCAAUGAAUGUCUGAAUCCCUCACUCAACAACUGCUCCAGGUUUGCGACGUGCAUCGACAAACCUAAUGGCUACGAGUGCCGCUGUAAGGAAGGAUACCACGACAGUAAUCCUCGACAACCAGGCACCACUUGUCAUUACAUCAUCAACGAGUGCGAGUCCCCGAACCUGAAUGACUGUGACAAACAUGCUACAUGUAUCGACCUUGCCGGAGGCUACACUUGCAAGUGUAACUCACCGUACCAAGACGAAGGCACGGCCGAACUCCCAGGCAGAAUAUGCAAGUUCAACGAAUGCCUUUCUAAAUCGACCAACAAGUGCGAUAAGAACGCCGACUGUCAAGAUACGGCGGAGAGUUACUACUGUACCUGUCGUGACGGAUUCUACGAUCAAUCGCCGAACCCACUUGAGCCCGGUCGUGUGUGCGUUGAGUUCAAGUUAGAUGAUGAACCACGUCACGUCAGCGUGAAGCCUGUGGAGAUUCUUCCAAGUAAGGACGUCACACCAUGUGGUCAACAACACUACUGUUCUCGCACUUUGAACGAAGUCUGUGUAGGUGGUACUACCUGUGAAUGUAAGCCGGGAGAAGCUCGUCGUUCUCCGGGAAGCAGAUGCCAAGCAGUCGACGAGACUGAACUCACAUUCAGAGUUGUCAGCCAAGGACAACGUCCACUCUUCUACAGCAGCGAAUACGGCUCCAGUACUAACGAAGCCUAUGUUGAAGUCACCAAAGAGUUCCAGCAAGACAUCGGACGAGCUGUGGGUGGCACAUCGUAUGCUCCUCGAUAUGUUACUACUGACGUCAAGUAUAUUACCCAUCCCAAGACUUUGAACAGUUCUUGGAACGAUGGAAUUAUCUUCGAAGCUUCUAUUGACACGAUCGCCUCCAAGAACAAGGUGGACAAAUGUGAUCUGUGGAAACAGAUGAUGGAUUCCAUCACCAGAACUAAUGGUCAGAUCGGUGGAGGACGUCUCCAAGUGGCAGAUGACAUCUACCUUCUGGACCCAUGCUACGAACAACCUAUUGGAGAUCACUGUGGAAGUCAUCAGUGUAACAGUCAGCUAGGUGAAGUCUGUAUUGGUGAUGCUGUUUGUGGAUGCAUCAACGGAGAGAAGAGAGCCAGUCUCAAAGACAAGUGCCGACCGGUCGAACACUGGACCGUGCCUUUGUGGGUAAUCCGAAGACACCAGAAGAAUCUUGUCUACAACGAAAGCUUCUCCAAUCCUCUUGAUGCUGUCUACCGAUACUACUCGCGAGACUUUGAAUCUGGAGUUGGCCAAAGUUACCUUCACACUCCACUCAGUAACGCUUUUGUUACUGCCGAAGUAAACGAGAUCAUGGAUCCAGGCAGAGUAAACGCCAGCUGGGACAUGGGCAUCUUGUACAAUUGCACGAUGUACUUCAGGAAGGGAGCUGUCGAGAAUCCACAAGACGUCUACAGAAUGUUGGUUGAGUACAUUAUCAACAGGAACAACUACCAAGUGGGUCAAAGUGGUCUCUAUUUGAAUCCUUAUCAGCCAGAUCCAUUCAGCGCUUGUUAUCAGGUGAGAGUUUGUUUUACAUUAAUAACCACAGUAAAGAGUUAGUUUUACAUUAAUAACUACUGUUAGUUUCUUAUAAUAUUAUUAUAUUUCAGAAUACCUGCCAUCCAAAGGGAAUCUGUGUCGAAACCGGCCUUCACUCCUAUAGAUGUGAAUGUUCUUCUGGCUACCGAGACUUGAAUCCGAUUGAUCCUGGCCGCAGGUGUCUUCCAAACCACGGCUACAAUGAGUGUGAACGGCCAGAAGACAACGAAUGUUCAGAGAACGCCAGAUGCAUCGACCUCGACCAUCUCUACAAGUGCGAGUGUAAUCUUGGCUUCACCGACGCCGCUCCAAAGGGUUCCAUCCCUGGCUCUGUUUGUGUGUUGGACUACUGUAGUGACGUCAGCUACUGUCCCACAAACUCCACCUGUGUGAACCUGGAACAGCAAGCAGAGUGUGAGUGCAACAACGGCUUCGUGGACAUCAGACGCAGCGAGAGUCGUAUGAGCAUGGGUAUGAGUGCAGAUACGUUGUGUUUGAGUCUGAGAGACGUAGACGAGUGUGCUCUUGGCUUGACUAACUGUUCUGGAGUGGCCGAGUGCACCAACCUGCUUCUGGGAUACUCUUGCAAAUGUCCCAAGAACUUUAUUGACGGUAAUCCAGCUGAGCCAGGCACUAUCUGUGCCGCCUUGUUGUGUGACAUGUGUAACCAACAUGGUGAUUGUGUGCACAAUGCGUUGACGAAGAACGUUACUUGUGAAUGUGCUGACGGAUGGAGUGGUGAGUUCUGUGAAGCCGCCGCUUCCAGCAGUAAAUUGGUUCUCUUCAUCUUGUGUGCUAUCUUGUUCUUGUUGUUGACUUUAUGGUAAGUGAGAUUGUUCUUUUAAUUUGUUCAUGUAGAAGUAUAAUACAUAACAUUGUUUUUGGAUUAAAGUAAUUAACCUAAUCUAUUUUAGCAUUUUACUUUACUCGUGCAGCAAGUGUCACUGCUUCAAACGCUACGCCGAUGCCAUUGGAUAUAGACCCGGUCCAUUCUGGAACACGCUCGAACACUCGACGUCAAGUGAAAGUGGAGCCGACUUCAGUGCCUUCUCGGCAGCCGGAGACCUUUAUCAUCACGAUCUAGGUAUUCCACGGGCGAAGCUCAAGUCUUCUGGAUCUGCACACCACGUCAUGGACUCUUCAGGUCAAGAAAUGAGUGCUCACGCUCUCCACGACUAUCUUGGAGACGGCCUGAGAAUCCCACGAGCUCAUCUUGGAGACACUUCUUCGCUCGGCUCUGGCUCCAGCGAAUACACGAUCAGAGAGGAGAUCGAACGACGUGUGGUCACUGACAUCACGACUACAGAAUUGACGACUAAGAUCGAGGAAGAAGCUGGAGGUGAACAGGUUAUUGAGACCACGGAGACUCAGAGACACGGUGGAGAAAGUUCUCGGUCUGAAGCCAUGAAGUCUUCUGAAGGAGCACGCUCGACUACGUAUCAGAGUAGCAGCAGCAAUGUAAGUUGUAUUAACAGUUAGAGGCUGGUAUCUUCAAUUUAAAUUAAUUAUCAACCAGGCAGGAGUAAAAUGUAUAAUAAUAUUGUUUUAGGUAGUAAUGCGCCAGGACGCUACAGACGAACAGGAGCGGGGCGAGAGCGUAGCCGAAUUCUCGAACGGACACACCAAAGAAUGGCGUUCACAGUAUAAGUCGGGUGACUACAAGCAUAUGCAAUUAUAG